AUCAACAUUCAAUCAGUAAAAAAAAAAAUGGAAUAUUGUAUUGAUCUUAUUAUUUUUAUACUUCGUUGGUUAUGAAUUAUAUGACAUAUACCUACUUAUGGCCACCAAACACAUUCGAUAUUAAUACUUUCCUCUUAUUUUUUUUCGGAAUGCCUUACAUCUUGGACUACGUGGUUAUUAUAACCGUGUGUUUUUAUCUCAAUAAUAUCGCAAAUAGAUUUCAAACAUUAAACGAUUUCUGGAGGUGCCUUCCUUGUGGAUUAGUAUCCGUUCCGAGCGAAUGGACUUCCUCGGAAUUAGCCAUGUUAAUGAAGAACAUUAGGUUGUUACACGCUGAACUAUCUCAAUCGUUCAAAAUAUUCAGUUGCAGUUACGGUACACUGUUGUUAGUAUUUUUUGUUUGCUGUAUUAUUGAUAUUAUAUAUUUAAUUUAUUUGAUGAUCGAGCUUGAAAAUGUGAUAAGACAUGUAUCAUUACAUGUGUUAAAUAUUCAAAUAGUUGUUUUUUUGAUGUCCGUGAUCCUUGCUGCCUCACGGAUAAAUGAAAAGAAAUUGAAAAUUGUAUCAUCUUUAAGAUUGAUUCCGAUUUCAAAAUUACCUGUUGAAGUAAAAACACAAAUCAAAAUGUUUUUGUAUCAAAUAUCGUUGUUGAGAUAUGAUAAAAUUACAGCUUUUGGGUUUAUUCGUAUCAAUUUAAAUUUAGUUAUAUCAAUUAUCAUGUUACUGAUGAUUGGAUUUUCAACACUUAUACAGUUAAAAGAUCAUCCGUUAUUUUAGCAAUAAUUAAAAACACGCAAAUCUAUCACCGC